CAGCAUCGUUUCUCGUCGAGAACUUACUGAGGGAGCGUUCUUCCGGGUUUCUGGCCCGACCCACCCCGACCACACCCCCGGUGUCUGUGGGGUCAGGAUUCGUUCAUGUCACAAGGGACCAGGACCCCAUCCCAACUUCUUCCUCUUCCUCGGGGACAACACCUUAUCUCAAAUUUGGUGUCAGUGCCAUUCUUGGGACAGAUUCGUCACAGCAAAAGCCGAGUUCAAAUUCCGUCACGCACAUCGGAAGUGCUGGCGGAGCGUUCACAAGCUUUGCCCCCACGCUUCACCCCCCUGAUCACAACCCACUGUCACAAGUCCUGUGGCUUGUCUCCUCAAGGGCUGUCGUGUCCCUCCUGUAAUCCCAGACACGGGUCCUUAUACGAUACCCAGCUCACAGGGAUGCUCAGGCCUCCGUACCUCGCGGCCCCACACCUACUGCCGAUGUCCCCACACGCCCUGACGUUCCUCACCAACAUACGGGGGAAGCCCCGAAGGGGGAUGUUAAGGAGGGCAGUUUUCUCAGACGCCCAGAGGAAGGGACUCGAGAGGAUGUUCCAGAAGCAAAAAUACAUCAGCAAACCCGACAGGAAGAAGCUUGCGACAAAACUCGGUCUUAAAGAUUCUCAGGUUAAAAUCUGGUUUCAAAAUCGACGCAUGAAAUGGCGCAAUUCUAAGGAAAGAGAGCUGCUUUCUUCGGGAGGAACUCGCGAAUCUACUUUGCCGAAUAAAAACAAUCCAAACCCUGAUCUCAGUGACGUGAAAGAGGAAGAGUCUAUUGAAGAGAGAGGGGACGAGGAAAGACAUUCACCUUCCCCCACUGAAAGUCACAUUUCCAGCAAUCCUGCAUCCCCAAAUGAAAUGGACACUGUCAAAGAUUUGAACAUUUCGGACGUUGAUUCAGAUGAAGAAAUUAACGUGUCGUGAUAACAAUUGAUGACAUAUAUCACAGCGCCAUAUCUGUGUUAAAACAGCGAGGGCUCACUCCCCUUGCCGGCUCAUCAACGAUUCCGAACACUUCCGUGACCACUCGUGCCAUUCCGGGUCUUCCUCGUGGUUACGGAAAUGGGCGAGUGGCACAAAAUGGGCCAAAUAGUGCUAGAUGACAAUGUGAACUGUGAACCAUUUGAGACAAUCUAUUAGGGUGUAUAUAGUAAAUACAUACCUUAUUUAUUACAGUAUUCAUACUUAGAGUCUCGCUAUUAGUGAGAUAUACAUUAUUUGACCAUAAUAUAGAUAUAAUACAUUUCAUUAUAAUCAAACAUUGAUACCAUUAUCGAAUUAUCGUAUGUAUGCUAAUGGCACCAAGGAUAACCCUAUCAAACACUGAAUCAGAUCCCUUGAUGAAUUAAUUAUAUACAACACGUAUACUUUUCAAACGCACCGUAUUUUGUUAACUGUGCAGCAAACCCCUUUAUACAGCCACGUUGGCUCUAAACAUGCUGGCUUUAUAACGAAAUCCACCAAAAUAUAUGCAAAGCUGUGCUUACAUAACUAAUACACACGGUGAGAGGUCAUAAUGUUAACAUAUUGAUUAUGAUCAAUGCAAUAUUGCAUACACUAUCUGGGUUAGGACGUUUACAAUAUCUACACGUAGUUUAUUACUUGGUGUGCAAUGCAUGUAUAUUUAGACAUGGGGUAUAUCACAAUUGUGGUAAGGUUGGUGAAACUGAUUCAUUAACCAACAGCCUGAAUUUAUUUCUUAUCUUUUUUACGGCGUUAUUUGGUUGAACGAAAAUACGACAGUGACAUUUGGUAUUUAACAUAUUAUUGAUAAGGCAUUCGUGCUUUUAAGUGACGUUAGUGUGAAAUUUAAUGACGUUAGAGAGUUCAGUGUUUUAGGAAUAUCAUUUUGUUCACGUCCAUUGCUCUGAUAUAUUAGCUUGAUAUAUAUCCCGAAUCUGAUUGAGUUUUUUUUACAGUAGAUAUAUUACUGAAACAUUAAAAAAAAAUAAGUAUACUUAAUUAUUUAAUUAUUAAUUGUUGUAUAAGUUACCAUGGAAACUAGCAGCUGUCUGGUACUGACGUCAGUUGCAAAUAUCAUGACGUUUAAAUGACCUUGUCUACAUUUGUUUAAAUUGACUGCCCAUGACGUAUGUACAUAGCAUCGCGAAAAAUCAAACAUAUCAUGAAAUUAACAAUCCGUGUAUGCUGAGCCCUGAUGUACGCUCAGAUUUACCUCAUGAAAAUAUAAUAGCAUUCUUUGUAGUUCCUUAAUGCAAAUCCCGAUCGUUACAUAGAUUAAAUAUGCUAGUGAUUUCUCCAAGGCGCCAUCUGCUUUCGAGUACCAUGGCACCACUUGUAGGUAUGUUUCUCGUCCCACUAAUCACCAUGAGCUACUGUUACUUGAAUAAGGAAUCAUUAAUCAUAUUCGAUUUUCCAGCAUCCAAAUUCUACCUGACACAUACAUUAAAAUGAUGAAAUGUAUUGCCAAUACAGUUCAACGUAAAACAAAAUUCCUUCAAUAAACGCAGGUAAUUGCGGGCUCAUUAAAGACACAUGUUAGAAGUCUAGUGAUUUAUCACAUUGAGUGAACAUUUAUCCGGGUUCAUAAAUGAUUAUUGUGUGCAUGGGUUGCAACAUCUGGGCAGAGUAAACGUUGAUAUCGAUUUCAAAUGACACGCCUAUAUGAAAUAUAAGGCACAAAGCCCACAAGUCCUCGCACCGAUGAAAGGUCAACGAUAUCUCUAUCAUAACAUACAAUGCGUGCUCUGACAAUGCUCACCUAGUUUUUCUCUCCAGCGAAUGUAGAUUGUAAUUAAUUUUUUUAUACAAAUUUCAAACUCAAUACAGUCUACACACAAGGCCCAACACAGUUAGUGUUAUCAUACAUAAUCAAUUAUGUUUUUAAUAUUCAAAUAGUGUUUCAGUAGGAUAUUAUUCCCAUUGUUAUUGAUAAAGAAUCUCGCGAUUCUGAAGAAAAAAAACUUAGAUGAAAUGAUUGAACGGGAAGUACAGCGCAACAAGCAUUAAUCAAAGUGACGUGUAUCAAACAAAAUUUCAACCGUUGAAAGUUUUUACAUUGUUAUUUUUGGUAGAGCCUUUUUAACAAUGUGAAUCAAAUUGGAUCUCAAUCACUGAACAGAAUUGCAUGAAGUAUUCUGUAUUUCACAUGUAACGAAAUAGAGACAAUGGUAUGAAACCUAUCAUUGUGUGUGAGUUAAGAGAAACAUUUAGAUGCAAAAUACUAUAGAUAUUUUUACAUAGAAAAUAAAAACCAAGUACGGAGUUAAUGUUUCAGAUAAUGUUUUUUUAAAAUAAAUGGACUGUUUUUUCCCCCUAUGAAAUCAAUAUGAGGAAGUAAUUAGUUAAAUACUUGAAUACCCCAUCACCAUCUUUUAAUGAUGCUCGAUCUUGGCUAAGUAGUUGAAGUGUGCGUUGUUUCUACUGUUGUGGUGUAAUUUACGAAAUGGAUGAGGAUGCUAUCGGCGUGUAUGUCUCUCCUCACUUAACAUAUACAGACAAUAUCUCAGUGACGGGCGAUACCUCUGUUUAGCUGUUAUAGCACUGAUGUUAAGGCUUGCCAUUUAUCGAUUUCAGACGUUGGUGGAAUAACGUCCAAUGAAGUCAAACACAUCGAAAAUUAUGAAAAUGAAUUAUGAAUUAUGAAAAUGAUGUUUUCUGUAGGAUUCAUGCCAGGCUCCAUUGUCAAGCCGCAGUAACCGACCAUCUUUGUGUUGUUUGAGUGAGUGGUGCCAUAUCAGUUGUCUAUGGAUUGUAUAUAAGAAUACUAUUUUUGUAUCCACCAUGUCCGUUUUGUUGUUGAAAUUUGAUUGAUCUUCCAAUGUCAAAAUGAAUGAAGCGUUGUGAUGCAGUGCUAUGUAUAGAAUACACAUGUAUAUAUCAUGUCAAAUUUGCUUACUGUCAGCAUUCAUAUGAAAUAUGAAUAAAAUGUCUCGAAUAACAAGAA